UCGAGGGACAACGGCACUGCGGAAGAGCGGAAGCGGCCAAAUUUUUUCGACCGAAUUCUGGCCGAGGUUGGAAGUUUGAAUCGAGAAGAAAAAUCUUCGUCAAUUCGUCGAAAUGUUCGACGCUCACUCACGUUUUAGUGACUCUAGAAGCUCUCAAUCGCCGAACAGCAGCAAAGCGGCGAUCGUCACGAGUAAUCUCGAGCCCGUCGCCUACGUAUUUGCCAAAGUGAAUUUACCAACGAAUCGUAUCGGCUCGCGAUAAUCGCUCAAUAAAGCAAAAGACGUUUCAACGACUGUGAGCAAUUAAAAGGACUUUGACACCGUUAGUUGCGUCGCUUUGACACACGAAUUAAAUCCAGGGCACGAUUAAUUCUCCUGCUUUGAAAAAGCCGUGUGCAACAUACGGAAAAGAUGGCAAUUUUGUUACGAAAAAUAUUGAAGGCUCGCAGCUAAUGUGAAAGGGAGAAUGGAGAGGGGACGACGACGAGGCGAGAUCAGAGAAGAGACAAAAUGCUCAUGCGUGGGAGAUUUCGACGGAGAGAGCGAGCAUGGCGCGGGAGUUGCGCGAGAAGGGAUGCGGUUUCGUUCGACCUUAUAGCUGGUUUUGCGCCGGCAAGAGGGCAGAGAAGAGUGAGGAAGAGAAAGAGAGAGAGAGAGAGGAUCGACUGGAGCCAUCGAUGGAAUUAGGGGCCAACGAUGAAAAAGCAGCGAGGAGUAAAAUAGUGAAAAGGCUGGAUUGGUUGUUGGAAAAGUGGCGAGGUCGCCAUACACACAGAUGCCAGUAUCAAAAGCGUCGAAAGGAGUCGCGUCGUUGGAAUUAUUCGAGCGGCUUGAUCGGGUCGUACGAUACGAAGAAAUGUUACAUCAGGAAUUGGUAUCGAAUAAGAAAGAUUGGAAAUUGGAGACGAGAAAUGAGAGAUCGAUCGAGAGCUUGUCAAGAGGAGCGUGACAAAAAGAGACAAUUAAUAAUCACAAAGAUUGGAUAAAAAAUUUGGGCGAUGA